GUAGAAAACAGGUUUUAUACUAUGUUGAACAUCCGGUUUAUUUCGCGGGACAUGAGAUGAUAUAAAAAUUUGGAGACAUGAAGCCAAAUGAGAAAGUGGAAAUUUUCCCAGGUAAUGUGAAGUAUGGAGGUAGCUCAGGAUGUAUUGGCUCUAUGAAGUGGAAAAGUGGUGCUAUUGUGAUUGAUAAAGAUGACAAGAUAGGCUGGUCUAUCAAAAUGAAGUUAGACUGUUCAGAAUCAUCCAUCUUAAACUAUCCACUGAAUGUGGACACAUUGAAGAAGUAUGUUUGUAAGGAUACAAUAUUGAUAGACGUGACGAGAAAUAAACACGACAAAGACCUGAUCUCCUUCUACCUGAAGACGCCUGAUAAACGUGUAGCUAAACAGAUAGAGGCAUUGUGUAAAGAAGUCAUGACAAAAAAGCAUACGCAAGUUAACAAUUCUGAGGUUUGUGUGAAUACAACACCAGCAAAGGCAGGACUUUUUACACACAUCGGCAAUUCACCAUCGGCAAUGAAGAUUGAAAAAGAAAAUUACUCACAAAAUUUUACAAGCAUGAAGUCACAUAAAAAAGACUCGAUGGAUAUAGAAGGGAAAGAAAAUCUAAUAAAAUCGUGUUCAAAAUCAAGUGAUCAGUUUCUACAGAGAAGUUCGGACAAGAGCCGUCAAUGCCUGGGACCACUAUCUUCAUCAUUCUAUGGGAAAUCUGCGGCACAGCCACAGUUAUGUAGCACACCUAAAUGGCUCAACAGAGCCUGGUUCAGACCGCAUGGAUUUAACACUGGUGCUAAAUGGAUGAUCACUUGUUGCUCGUUUGAUUGGAAAAAUGGAAGAGCUAACAAAUAUUAG